GUCGAGUGUAUAAAUAGAGCUUUGAACGAGUAAACACUGAAUUGCCAUUUCGUGUAAUGGUAGUUAGAGGAUAUUCGAAGAUGAAGGCUGUGUUGGUUCUAUUGGCCGCGUGCGUGGCGGCGGCGGCGGCGGGGCGCUCCCCCAACGCUGAUCUGGUGAUGGAAUACAUGGAGCUGAAGGGACACCAGCCUGGGGCCAGGUACUCCAACAACAUCAUCGCUGAUGCUUUGGCUGACGUGCCGGACCUGAUCGCCCGCUACAACUACCCGGUAGAGCAGCACUUCGUGACUACCUCCGACGGCUACAUCCUGCAGAUGCACCGCAUCCCGCACGGCCGAGACAGGAACAACCAACCAGGAGACCGCACCGCCGUGUACCUGCUGCACGGCAUGAUGCAGUCCUCCGCUGAUUGGGUGCUCAUGGGGCCUGGGGAAGGACUGGCCUACACCCUCGCCGAGGAAGGCUACGACGUGUGGAUCGGCAACACGCGCGGGAACUACUACUCCAGAAACCACACGACCCUGGACCCUGACGACAAGAACUCCCUGAGGUUCUGGCAGUUCAGCUGGGACGAGAUGGGCUCCAUCGACCUGCCCGCUUCCAUCGACUACAUCCUCAACCUCAAGGGACAUUCUAAGCUGCACUACGUUGGAUUCUCUCAAGGAAGCACUGUCUUUACCGUGAUGGGUUCCAUCAGGCCUGAGUACAACGCCAAGAUCAUUUCGUACCAGGGGGUCGCUCCUGCUGUGCUGUCUGAGAACAAUGAGGAGAACCCCAUCAACUGGGUCGCUAAUUAUGAAGGCAUCUUGAUGAUCCUGGCCAACCGCUACGGCAUCGGCGAGCUCGGCGCCCGCAGCCCCCUCUUCACCUGGCUCGGCCUGGCGCUAUGCAGCGAGGAGUCCCCAGUGCACCCGCUGUGUCUGUCGGUGGCCACCAUGGAGGAGACUGUUGCUAGGCUGAACGCGACCAUGAUCCCCGUGUUCAUCGGGCACGGCCCGGCCGGCGUCUCCGUGCGUCAGAUGGGCCACUACGCGCAGUGCAUCGCCAAGGGGUUCCGUCGCUACGACUACGGACUCAUCGGGAACCUCGCCACGUACGGGACCCGCCAGCCUCCCUUCUACAACCUGAAGUUCAUCACCGCCCCUACUUACCUUCACUACUCGCUCAAUGACCAACGAGUGAACUAUCUGGAUGUAUACCUGCUUGGAGAGCGGAUCAGCUCGCCAGUGAAGUACUACCAGGUGGCUGAUGAGAAGUGGUCUCACCUGGACUUUGCUUGGGGCAGCAACCAGGUGGAGAUGUAUCAGAAGAAUGUGAUCAGUGCCAUGAGAGAGGCUGAGGCGCUGUGAGGAAGUGAGGGGAUAUCGACGGAGGGUUGAAGUGGUUGUAAAUAGUGAUUUGUAAUAUAAUGUGAUAUACCUAAGUUACGAAUUACA